AUGCUAGUGGAGGUGUUGGAUGGAAUUGGAGGGUGUCUGAUAUACAUAGAAAAUGAGGAGUAUUCGGAAGACAAUUCAGUCAUUGCCGCACUCUUAGCUAACGAGCAUAAAAUAUACAGAGAGAGUGCAUAUACCAUAAUAAGGACACAGAACAUAUUCAGCACACCGGAAAUCACAUCGCUGGAGAUGAAAAUAAACAGCGAGCUGGAGGACAGGAUGAAGUCAGUGCUGAAAAAGAUUGCGUGUCUCUGCGGAUGCACAGAGCAAGAAAGCAAAACCGUGUUGAGGCUGCCAGCAGAGGGCUGGGAAGAGCUCGUGGACAUGUGGUCCUGCCACAAUAGAGAGUUUGGGCACUUGGUGGAGCAGGAGAUGAACCCAAAAAAAGACGGUGUGCUGUACUCCACGCUCCAUCUGAUCAUGGAAGCAGAAAGAGCACCAAAGUGUCUUAUCGCCAGAAAUAACUGCGAUAGCCUAGAAUCAGCGCCAAAAACUUUGAAGAUCUUCUACAAUGAGAUAAAAAUGUGUCUAUCCGAUGAGUAUUUGCUGUUUCACUAUCUAUACGAUCUGUUCCAGAUCAGACAGGAGAUAGAAAUAGCGGCAGAGAAGAUGUACACCAUACGGCUGCUCGAUAUAACAUAUACCUACCAUGGAAAGAUAGCACACAGCCCUCCCUUGGAUCUUUCUCUGAAAAUAGCAUACACUAGCAGACCUAUUGGAACUGAAAAUGCAGAAAACCCGAGCAAACCAAAAGAAGAGAGUAAAUGCAAUAUCAAUGCAUACUACACUGAUAAGCUCAUAGAAGUACUGCUGAAAAAUAGCAUAGGAAUAGAAAUGGGCGGAAGAAGUGUUUCUUUCAUUCGGAAAGUGCGCACGGAAUAG